UCUCACCAACCUAUUUAUACUGACACACAAACUACUUACAAGUAGUAGACUCAAUCUUGAGCACAUAAAAAUUCCGAUCUCAAGAUUCAUUCAGCUACAAACAGACAUUAAUAUGAAUGAGCAACCUCCUACAAUUGCAAUUCUCGGGGCUGGAAUCUUCGUAAGGACUCAAUACAUUCCCAGGCUAUCUGAGAUUGCUCAUCUGGUUCUUGUCAAAUAUAUCUGGAGUCGAUCACAGGAAUCAGCAGAAGAAGCAGUUGGGGUUGCUCGAAAGCAUUUUCCGCAAGUAGAGGCAAAAUGGGGUGAAUCUGGUCUUGAUGAAAUUAUACUGGAUGCUUCCAUUCUUGGUGUUGCUGUUGUUCUCGCUGGUCAAACCCAGGUUGAUAUAUCAUUAAAGCUACUGAAGGCAGGGAAACAUGUUCUUCAAGAGAAACCAGCUGCUGCUUCCGUGAGAGAGGCAGAAACUGCACUGUCAUGCUAUAAUUCUAUAUGCGCCAAAGUUCCUGGUCAGCCUAUAUGGGCCGUUGCCGAAAAUUACAGAUUCGAGCCUGCUUUUGUUGAGAGCAAAAAACUUAUGGCUGAAAUUGGAGAUAUGAUGAACAUCCAAGUCAUCGUUGAAGGAUCAAUGAACAGCUCAAACCCCUACUUUUCAAGCACUUGGCGGCGGAAUUUUACAGGUGGUUUUGUAUUGGAUAUGGGGGUACAUUUUAUAGCAGGAUUGAGAAUGCUUGUUGGAUCUGAAGUAGACUCUGUAUCAGCUACAACAUCUCAUGUAGAUGCUAGUUUGCCUCCACCAGAUAUUAUCUCAUCUUUGUUCCAAUUGGAGAAUGGCUGUUCUGGAGUUUUUGUGAUGGUUGUAUCCUCCAAAUCCCCGAAGAUUGUGUGGCGAAUUGUAGGUCUAAAUGGUACUCUACAAGUUGAGCGUGGAAAUAAAGAAGGAAAACAUGGGUAUCUGGUAUCCCUUUCGACUGCUGAUGGUCAAACGAAGAACUCCUUCUACCCUUUCUGCGGGGUAACCGAAGAGCUAAAAGCCUUUAUACAUGACAUUUCCCAUGCCGCUCUUCAGAAGGAUAGUACUUAUGAAGCUGAGCCUCGCAGCUCCUUCAUUGAAGGGGCCCGAGAUAUUGCAGUUCUAGAAGCAAUGCUAGAAUCUGGGAUGAAGCAAGGAAUCCAGGUCAAAGUUCAGAGAGUUUAGGAUUGUACUGUGAUAUCUUAUUGUAAAUUAGAUGUACCCCUAAAGCAAUAAGUUGUACAUGACAUCAGACACUCAGAGAGGCUCUGAUAUGGUAUGUAUUGUUUAAUAAUAAGUCGGGACAUUCAUUUCUAAGGUAUUAUAAA